AUGGCCUCACUCCCCAAGGGCAUCUCGGCCGUCCUGUCCAAGGCGCCCACCGACGUCGUGAUCCUCUCCUCGCUCCGCACACCCAUCUGCCGAUCCUACAAGGGCCAACUGAAAGAUGCAUACCCGGAGGAGCUGCUCUCGGUGGUGCUGAGGGCGACCCUCGACGCCAACCCGAAGCUGGACCCCUCCAAGAUCGACGACGUCGCCGUGGGCGUGGUGCUGUCCGAGCUGGGCGGGUCCAAGGCGGCGAGGAUGGCCAUGAACCACGUGGGCUACCCGUCCACGACCUCGCUGUACACGGUCAACCGCGCCUGCAGCUCCAGCCUGCAGAGCAUAGCCGCCGUGGCCGGCCAGAUCCGCACGGGCGCCAUCGACGUCGGCGUGGGCGCGGGCAUGGAGAGCAUGACGCGCAACUACGGCAGCCGCGCCAUCCCCGUCGACGUCUGGCCCGCCCUCAAGGACUCGCCCGUCAAGGACGCCCGCGACUGCAUCAUGCCCAUGGGCCUGACCUCGGAGAACGUCGCCGACCGCUACGGCGUCGCCCGCGCCGACCAGGACGCCUUCGCCGCGGAGAGCCACCUGCGCGCCGCGCGGGCACGCUCCGAGGGGUACUUCGCGGACGAGAUCGCGCCCGUCACCACGCGCUUCCAGGAGGUCGACAAGCAGGGCAACAAGGUGGGCGAGGAGAAGACCAUCACGGUCACCGAGGACGACGGAAUCCGCACCAACGCGUCGGUCGAGGGCAUGGCCAAGCUCAAGCCGGCGUUCAAGCCCGACGGCGCCAGCACGGCCGGCAACUCGAGCCAGGUCAGCGACGGCGCGGCGGCGACGCUGCUGAUGCGCCGCAGCACGGCGACGGAGCUGGGGCUCUCGGGCCAGAUCCUCGGCAAGUUCGUGUCGGCCGUGUCGGUGGGCUGCGCGCCGGACGAGAUGGGCAUCGGCCCGGCGCUGGCCAUUCCCAAGCUGCUGGGCCAGGUCGGCCUGGAGAACAGGGACGUGCACCGCUGGGAGAUCAACGAGGCGUUCGCGAGCCAGGCGCUGUACUGCAUCCGGAAGCUGGGCCUCGAGGGCGACCUGGCCAAGAUCAACCCGGACGGCGGCGCCAUCGCGCUGGGUCACCCCCUCGGUGCCACCGGUGCCAGGAUGACGAGCACCCUGAUGCACGGCCUGAAGAGGAGCGAUGGCGAGGUUGGCGUGGUCAGCAUGUGUGUGGGCACGGGCAUGGGCAUGGCUGGGCUGUUUGUGAGGGAGUGA